UAGGAGCAGGGUAUAUAAGGUCCAAUAGUAGCAGUAGCAGCAGAAGCAACAACGGUUUCAGACCCGACGAACUCUGCAGGCUGACCAGAGCAAGAUGCACCUUCAGCAGCUGGUUGUCUCCUGGUUUUCCCUGGUUUGGCUGGCAUCUCCCAUCGUGGCCAUAUGGGAACUGGAGAAAAAUGUUUACGUCGUAGAGUUGGAUUGGUACCCCAAUGCCCCUGGAGAAAUGGUGGUCCUCACCUGCAACACCCCUGAAGAAGACGGCAUCACGUGGACCUCAGACCAGAGCAGUGAGGUCUUGGGCACUGGCAAAACCCUGACCAUCCAUGUCAAAGAGUUUGGAGAUGCUGGGCAGUACACCUGUCGCAAAGGAGGCGCAGUUCUGAGCCAGUCACUCCUGCUGCUUCACAAAAAGGAAGAUGGAAUUUGGUCCACUGAUAUUUUAAAAGACCAGAAAGAGCCCAAAAACAAGAGCUUUCUAAAAUGUGAGGCAAAGAAUUACUCCGGACGUUUCACCUGCUGGUGGCUGACAGCAAUCAGUACUGAUUUGAAAUUCAGUGUCAAAAGCAGCAGAGGCUCGACUGACCCCCGUGGCGUGACAUGUGGCACAGCAACGCUCUCAGAGGACCUCGGGGAGUAUAAGAAAUACAGAGUGGAGUGUCAGGAGGGCAGUGCCUGCCCAGCCGCUGAGGAGAGCCUGCCCAUUGAGGUCGUGCUGGAAGCUGUUCACAAGCUCAAGUAUGAAAACUACACCAGCAGCUUCUUCAUCAGGGACAUCAUCAAACCAGACCCUCCCAAGAAUCUGCAGCUGAACCCAUUAAAGAAUUCUCGACACGUGGAGAUCAGCUGGGAGUACCCUGACACCUGGAGCACCCCACAUUCCUACUUUUCCCUGAUGUUUGGUGUUCAGGUUCAGGGCAAGAACAAAAGAGAAAAGAAAGAUAAACUCUUCACGGACCAAACCUCAGCCAAGGUUACAUGCCACAAGGAUGCCAACAUCCGCGUGCAAGCCCGGGACCGCUACUACAGCUCCUUCUGGAGUGAAUGGGCAUCUGUGUCCUGCAAUUAGGUUCUAAUCUUGGGACGAAACCACGGAGGAAAAGUGGAUUAUGCUAAAUUGUUAAAAGACAUGAUGGAGCAGACCCCUCCCCCAAAGAUAUUUUCUACCAACUUGCUUUUUUUUAGGAUUAUAAAGAUGUCUUUGCUGUAUUUUUUUAUUUAAAUGUUAAAUGUCCACUGAAACAAUCAACUAAUUUAUUUAUAGGCCUUCCAGCUAGCAGAUCACAGCUGACUUUUAUGUUAUUUAAAUAUUUAAGUAAUUUAUGUAUUUAUUAAUUUAUUACUAUUAUUUAAAAUAUGUGUGCCAAGAUAUAUAUUUCAUAUACUCAUGACCUGAUUUAUGAGGAAUGGGCCUUAUUAUGCAAAAUGUGAAUGUAUGUGUUAUUUAUACUGACAAUUUUUCAGUCUAGGCUGCAAGUGCCCUCAGUAAGAGUAAGAACAGUAAGAACAUAAUGUCCUAAUUCCAGUGCCACAAUACAUUUUUGAUGGGUGGGAACACGAGAUAGUUAAAUAAGGCAUGGAGACCCAGACUCUUUGAGGAGGUCCUGGAGAGCACAUGUUAGUUCCUGUGUCCAUGAAGACUUCCUUGAAGGAGUGGUGGUAAUUCAGGGCCACUGGUACCUCUAGGCAAGUUUAGCCUUUAGAUACCUGAACGUAGAGCUAAAAAAAAGAUGAUUGAAAUUGAAAUUCAACUUCACUCCCCACCCCCUUCUAUCUGUAAGACAUAGGAGAGACAUGAUAAGUCUCUGGAAAGUAAAAAGAUCUUAUGAUUCAAGACAGAAGACAAGUGUAGUUAUGGUUAAGGACAUAAAAUUGUCAGAAUUGCCAGUUGCUCCUUAAUGCCACAUGAAGAAGCAGACAGAUGUGGAGGAAAAAGGCCAAGAAUUUCUUACUUGUCAGCAUGGGGGAACAUGAGAAGCAGAUGUGACCAGAAAGUGCCUAGCCAUUAAAAUGCUACUUUUAAGUAAUGAA